AUGAUCAAUUCACUGUGUGGAAGCUCAGUGUCUCUCACUUCUUCAAAUGACUCAGUUUUGAAGUCAAAGAAAAAUGCAACUCAAUCCUCUGCUGAUUUAGAACAGGCUAGUCUUACUCCACCAAGCUUAAACCUUCCAUCACUCAAAUUUGAUUUGGAUGGAGAUGUUGAAGUUCAAUCACCAGAUAGUUCAAUGUGGGAGUCCUUUUUCUCUGAUCAGUUAGAUGCUGAUUUCAUGAUAUCUUCUCCAGUGAGGAAUGUUCCUUCCCCACAAGCUUCAACUUACAAUUGCAACUAUAACUAUGCUCAGGGUGCUCAAUGUCAGAGUCUUUCAGGGUGUUCACCACCUCGUUUUUCAUCCCAAAGUGGUGCCCUUAACAGCAGCCACAAAGGGAAAGGACUUAGUCCUCUCCAUAGGGUAUUUAACUCACCAAACAGUCAAUAUAUGCAGCAUAUUGAAAACCUUUCACUGCCAGCAAUAGAAGAGUUUUUGGAAGAUUAUCAAGGAGAUGGACUUGGUGGUGGAUAUCCAUCAACUAAGGUGUCUUCUGAUAUUGGAAGUUCAUCUGAAUGCUUUGACAUGCCAACUUCAAUUCCAUCCAUCUUGGAUAGCUUGACAAUGCCCAAUUCCUCAAGGUACUGUGGAUCAGUUAGUGAAGAAUCCUCAGUGCACGGUGGUUCUUCUCAACUGUCCCAAGAGAGUGAUAUCUAUCACCAGAUGGGGACUAUGGCUAGUGCAUCCCUCUCACAAGCUCUUCAACAAGAACGCUACCAUGAGCUUGAGCAAAAGCAGCAAACACAACAACUUCAACAACAACAACAACAGCAACAACAAAAUUUGAUGGUUCCUAUUCCGCUUGGAAUCGAGCAGGAGCAAGAUAGUGGUCUUCAACUGGUGCAUCUGCUUCUAGCAUGUGCUGAAGCAGUUGCAAAAGAGGAAUACAUGCUAGCAAGAAGGUACCUGCACCAUCUCAACAGAGUAGUAACACCACUUGGAGACUCCAUGCAACGAGUAGCUUCAUGCUUCACCGAAUCCCUAAGUGCAAGACUAGCCGCAACCCUCACCACAAAACCAGCAACAACCACCUCAAACCCCAACAACGUCUCAUCAAACUCAAUAGAAGUCCUCAAAAUCUACCAAAUUGUCUACCAAGCAUGCCCUUACAUCAAAUUCGCCCACUUCACAGCCAAUCAAGCCAUCUUCGAAGCAUUUGAAGCUGAAGAACGCGUACAUGUCAUCGAUCUAGACAUCCUCCAAGGCUAUCAAUGGCCGGCUUUCAUGCAGGCCCUGGCUGCGCGACCCGGAGGAGCUCCCUUCCUCCGGAUCACCGGCGUAGGGCCAUGCAUUGACUCAGUUAGGGAAACGGGUCGAUGCUUAACCGAAUUAGCACACUCUCUUCGCAUACCUUUCGAUUUCCACGCAGUUGGUGAGCAACUAGAGGAUCUCAAGCCCCACAUGUUCAACCGCCGAGUCGGCGAGGCCUUGGCGGUUAACUCCGUGAACCGCCUCCACCGCGUCCCCGGAAACUUCCUCGGAAACUUGUUGUCCAUGAUAAGGGACCAAGCGCCCAACAUAGUAACCCUAGUGGAGCAAGAAGCUAGCCAUAAUGGACCAUAUUUCCUUGGUAGGUUCCUUGAGGCACUGCACUAUUACUCAGCCAUUUUUGAUUCCUUGGACGCCACGUUUCCACCGGACUCGGCGCAGCGGGCCAAGGUGGAGCAGCACAUUUUUGCGCCGGAGAUAAGGAACAUUGUGGCGUGUGAGGGUGCUGAGAGGAUCGAGAGGCACGAGAGAUUGGAGAAAUGGAGGAAAAUAAUGGAAGGGAAAGGGUUCAAAGGGGUGCCACUAAGUCCCAACGCGGUGACUCAGUCAAAGAUUUUGCUUGGUUUGUAUUCUUGUGAUGGAUAUAGGUUAACGGAGGAUAAGGGUUGUUUGUUGCUGGGGUGGCAGGACAGAGCCAUAAUUGCUGCGUCUGCAUGGCGGUGCUGA